AUGUUGAAGAAUAUGAACUUGCACACGGUUCAGAGUGCGACGUGCUGGGAUCCAAGUGAGAAUAUAAGUAUAAUAUUUCAAACCUGAACUCGUCCGUUUUGUAUUAAAAUUAUAUCCACUCCGUACCUCAAUCGAUUCCGAUUUUUCACCUUAUGGUACUUUAUUAGAACAAAUUUUCGAUUCCAAAAUAUAUAUAUAUAUAUAUAAAGAUAUGUUCAGAUAUAUUAUAAUGUUUUCUAAAAAAUAUUGUUAGGUAUAUAGAUAAUAUACCUAAUACUAGUAUACUAUGUAGAUGAACAAUAUGAUUUUUAAUGAAUCAAUAUUUGGAUUCACUGUCUUCUUUAUUUAGGGGGAAGGAUACAAGGCCAAGGAACAACAGCCCGUUUUCUUUAUGGCACACCCUGGGAAAAACUCCUACGCACGCUUAUGCAAACCACUCGUAAAUUGUCAUACAUCCUAUUUACCUUCAGAAACUUUCCACAUAUACAACAAUGGCCUAUUCAUAAUACAUAGUAAAUCCGGCGUUUUUGUUUUAUAAUUAAUAUAGAAUAUUGUAAUUUUUUGUCUACCUAAAAAAAAAAUAAGGUAUCAACGGUGAAUUACUCUCAAGACUCUCGAGCGAAGAUAUAUCGAUAACGUUUGAUCUAAUAAAAAACGCGGCAAUUCGUCAAACGCACAACACGUGGUAUAAAUCCGGAAUUCUAGUCGAUCUGGGAUGCGAACAAGCUCCAUACGUGCUACAGCAGGUUUUAUAUUUGAUUUUCGUUUAAUUUAUUUUAAUUAAUUUUCCGGUUGUUCUGAUGCGGAAAAUUCAAAAAUAACACUAUCGUGUCUGUUUUCGAAAUACGAGUAGUAUGCCAAUCGAAAUAAAGAUAACUUUAAACGUUUGACAGUGUUACACAUGUGGUCAUACUACUUUAUAUUACGCCCAAGACAUCAGAAUUUAACAUUACGUAGUUCAAAUCAACGCUAGUGAGAGCAUUAUUUUAUAGGCGUCAAACAAACGUAUGUUUAAUACUCAGAAUUACUGGAUUCUAUUCGACCGACACGGAAAUCCGAACAAAACGGACGCCCUGGAUAUUGCUUUGCGUACGUUCAAAAAACAUUACAGUGCAAGUGAAACCCUGCACGUUUUGCCAGAUUCGAGAGUGUAUCUUUUGAUAGAGACCGGAAAUGACUUUUGGGAAGUAUGGGACGGUUUUCGGUCGGGCGUUUCCGAAGAAAUAAAAGUGUCUAGAGUCGGUGCGGUUACGUCGAAUCAAGCGAAAAUCGAAGACUCCGACAGAACGAAUUUCCGGCGCGUCACACUUAAAGCGUCCACAGUGGUAAGUGCGCGCAAGUCCCGAUUACCACAAGAUUAAUGUGCAUUAUGUUAAAUGUAACCUACGCGGAUUUUUUUUUUUUUUUUUUGUUCUACCUUCUACGCGCGUUAAUCUGUAGAUUCUAGAGCCGAGCAGUUUCGUCGGUUGGGACGAACCUAUUCGCGUUUACAAUUUAGACGUAUUCGCUAAAAUGCACUACGCUAUUUGCAGUGUGUUGACGGAACAAUUGAAUUUCACGUAAGUACAAUACACAUAUGGGUUUUAAAACCCUCAAAGAGUAACAGCGCGUAAUAAUAUUAAUAUUAUAAUAACGUGUAAAGGAUGAAUUUGACUUUUUCGCCGGAUUACGGAUGGAGUUACGGUAACGGAACGUACAGCGGUUUAAUAGGACAAUUACAAAGAGAAGAAAUCGACUUUACAGCUGCCGGAGGGUUGAUGAGAGGUGACCGAAUGGACGUUGGCGAUUUAACCGUGGGAACAUUUAUGGCCAGGUAAUAGUUAAAAACAAAAUAUUUGUAUAAUAUUCCUUCUUGUAUGUGCCUAAUAAGGAAAUAAGGAAUAAAGAAAAGGAAUAAUAAGGAAUAUUCGCACACUAUACAUACACAAAAAAAAAAAUUAACACCAGUGGCACAAUUAAUGGGCUUAGCCAUCCAGGAUUGUAUAAAACUCUUUCGAUUUUUUACCUAAUUACAACAAAAAAAAUAAAAUGAAAAAAAAAAGAAAACUUUAUUGCGUAAAUAUUUCGGUUUCCAACGGGUUUUCCCCAUUAUUAAGAAAAUAAGAAAACUACAAAGGGAUCAAAUAUCACCCACCGACUCAAAAUAUUUAAAUAAAAAUCAUUCGUAAAAUUAAAAAAAAAAAAAACGGUUUCCCCAUUAAAAACCUGCCAAAUUAAAUAGGAGGUACUGUCGAUGGACGGUUUUCCCCCUCAAGCCAUCAAGUCAUCGUGUUCUUAUCAUUAUUACCAUUAUCCGAUUUACUUGUUGUGCUUUUCUGUAUAGAUUUUAAAUAUGCUUUUAAAAUAAAAAAAAAAUGUAUGAGUGAUCUGGGCAAGGUUUUUGGUUUCUAUACGCUCAGAAUCUAAAAAAUAAAUCUCAUUAAAAAAAAUUGGUUACUAAACUCUAAUCGUUGACUAUACAGUACAAUACAUAUGCAUAAAUAACAUUAAUUAAUCAGUCGACAAAUGCAAGCCUAACUGAACAAUGUUUGUCGAAUUGGAUAACUCGGCAUAGUUCUUAACGGAUACGAUAAGGACAAGAACAUAUUUCGUAAAAAAAAAAAAGUAGAUUAAUCGAUAAAUAGACCGUUUGAAUUUAUGUUUUAAAUGGUUUUUAUAGAUUCUGAGCGUAUUGAGGAAUAUAUUAGUUGAACUGUAACAAAGUGUGCGAUAUUUUCAAGUUUGUAACCGAUUUUUGUACCAGAAAUUUUGUUAUGAUCAUUAAAAGAAAUUUCUGAUAGACAAUUUUGUCUAAUUGUUGCACUUAAAAUGUAAUUUUUAUUAUUUUCCUUGCAACUGAAAUUAGGAAAAUACGUCAAAUUUUGUUUUUUUUUUUUUUAAAUUUUUUAGUGUACGUUUAACUGAAAACCGUAAUAGAAAACCUUAUCAAAAGUCGUGGAAACCUUACAUUUUCACUAAAUACUUAUAUUAAUCAUUUUUAGACACGUCUAAUACAAUUUUCAAAAAAAUGCUGGCUGUUUUCAAGCUAUUCGGCAUUUUCUAUUUUGUUUUUUGUAGAUACGUCAUUUUCGGCUUCUCAAAAGUGCUAAAAAUUUGGUAUAAAGUUCAUCACAAGUUGUUCUCGUGGCACCGUACAAACAUCGAAAAUUCGUAGUCCCGAUUUAUAUAUAGGUUCACGCGGUGAUAUAUCACCGGGUGACUUAGUGUAACUAAUGUGUAUACGGUUUGGCCGUAUACUUUUACGCAGGACAAGUAAAUAAUACACCAAGUAGGCGUUUUUAAUUUGGAGAUCGUCCGUAUAUAGUAGUGAUAUAUUAUAUCGUGUCUAUACGAACAGCAUAAUAUUAUAAAUUUAUAAUUAUUCUUAUAAACAGUAUAUUAUAUUAAACUCGCCCCUCUCACUUUUUGAAAUUGAAACCAAUAACAGUUACCUUACCAGAUAAAAACAAAUGUAACUCGCACUGUGUCCCUCUAAAAAAAAAAAAACAACAACAAACUUUCACCCUUUAUUAUGUUCCAUAGAACCGUCGCCAUAUUUAAGCAACCGCCUUUGUCGGCGGCCAAAAACAUCUUCACGUUGCCGUUUGGGAUCGGCGUGUGGACAGUGAUGUUGGCCAUGAUGUUCCUGUUCACCAUGGCCCUGAUACUCGUGACGUGGUCGGCAAACCAGAAAAAUGGGAAGCCGACGGCACUCUCAACCGCACUGGACGCCGUUACCAUGGUCCUGGGUGCCAUUUGUCAACAAGGUGAUAACCAAAUCCUUACAACCACGAAAAAUACGUCACUCCAAAACAAGUUUAACCGAACUUCGACCAGAAUCGUAUUUCGUUAGCAAUGGUUUGCCGUCGCAUAUCCUACCUUUCUGACUUCCCGCUUACUUGUAAUGUACCUUUUUCUGUUAAUCAGUAAGAAUUUAGGAAAUGAUCGUAAAAAUUCCACCGAAUACCAACACAGUUGGCACAUUUUAUUUUUUUUUAUUCAAAUUUAACAGACGUAGUCCGUAAAAAUGUAUUACGACCAAUUAUAAAUUAUUUUAUAAAAAGAAACGUAAGUUUAAAUUUAGUGAAAAGUAUUUAACCAACCUCCUAAAAAUUCAAAAAAAAAAUACUCGUUUGCAAUUAUUUAUUUUUUCAAACUAAAUUACCGGUUACCUUUUUCGACAUCCUAUGGUAUACGACUUAUACCAACCAAUCAACUGUGACCAGGAGUAUUAUUUUAUUUUAUUUUUUUUUUUUUUUUUUUUUUUUUUUUUACGAUUUUCUUUAUUUUUUAUUUUAUCGUCACAAGACCCUACCACUCUACAUAAAUUACUUUACCGAUUAUUAUACAUUCGGAGUUGAAUACAAUUGUACGUGUAAAUAACAUACCGUCUAUUAUUAUUAUGCUGCCGUUUCAUCGAAUCCGGUAUUAUACUAUAACAUUAUGAAACGUAAAAUAAAUAAUGUUCGUAACGUGUCCCUACGUUAAAUUAAUGAAGACAGUAAACAUAGUACAUACUUUAUAUUGUAUAAAUAGUAGUAAGUUGUUUUCUAACAUUUCCAGUCAUCAAUAUACGCAUAUUAUUAUUGAAUCGUAUUGUUUCGAAUUGUUUUCGUUCGCUUAAAUCUUUUUCCGUGUCAGUAUUGUUGACAAUCGUAAUAAAUAAAAUGAAAAAAAAAAUAAAUAAAUAAAACAAAUACAUUUUGUCAGUGUUCUGCAUCGUACGGCCGCGUCGUCGGUGGUUAUGGCCACACACACACACACACACACACACACACACACACACAUACACGCACGCACGCAUAUGUAUCAAUAUUAUAAUAUUCAAUCGAGUAUACAGGAUGAUUAUUUUAUCAUGUAAACAUCAACGAUUGUCUACGAAAAUUUUGAUCGAAUGAUCGUUUGAUUUACAAUUAUAAUUAUACUGUGGUAUAAAAUCUAAAAUUAACAAGACAUGUUUACAGUACAAUGUAUACACGGAAUAUAGGUGAAACUUAGAAAACGGGCCGUACAAUUAUUCACACGCGUUUAUUAAACGAUUUUAUGCCCAAUGUUUAUUGAGGGAAGUAAACGAGAAAAAAAAAAACUUAAAAUUUAAUUUAACCAAAAAUCUCUGCAGAUAAUUAUUGCAGUUUCGUCGUAAAUUCACCGUAUUUAAACAUUUUGGUAAUUUGUUUGUGCACAGGCCCAUGGAUGACCACGCACUCCGUGCCCGCGCGGUUAGUUACGUUCACUCUGUUCCUAACCGCGGUGUUCUUGUUCACCUCGUACGCGGCCACCAUAGUCGUUUUACUGCAGUCGACCAGCCGGACAAUCGUCAGGAACCUUAACGACUUGGCCGACAAACCGAUAACGUUCAGCGUGCAAGACACGAAACACAAUUACAUAUAUUUCAAUGUAAUUUUCAAAGGGUGGACUUUUAAAAACUCCGCGUACCUUCAAAACAAAAAAUAAUAAGUCCAUAACAAAAAUAUUAUAUGUAUUUUAAUAUUUUUAUUAUAUAAAUUAGUACACUUAGCCCUCCAAAAUAAUAUAUGUCAUAAGUACAUGCUGCAGUUCCUACUAUCAUGGGGGGUGCAAUAUUCGUGAAAUCUGUUGAUAAAAUUGCAGAGGACGACACCGAACGUUCAAUAAAACACACAUUUUUCGCUUCACCGAUUUCCUUAAAAAAAUGUGUUACGCAGAUAAAAUACAAAAAAAAUUACCACAACCGUUUUCAAUAAGUUUUCAUUUCGAUGAUAAUAAAAAGCUCAGAAUUUAAAGUUUCAUACUACAAACUACACAAUAUUAUAAUAUAGUCUUCAAACAUGAAUGAAUGCCUCAAGAAAAAUGCUAAAUCCUUUUCUAAAAUACAUUAGAUUAGAUUACCUUAUGCUUCAUUAGACAUUAUAGGGUUUAAUGUUUUAAAAAAAAAAUCACAUUUAACAUAUUAUAUUGAAAAUAAAUUCUUUCACAAAAAAUUUUACAUAAAAGACAACUAAAUUUUAAAUUUAAAUUAAUCAAAACACGUUUAUUCGAACUCCGGUCGAAAUCAUUUUUUAUUUACAAUAAUCCUAUUUAGAUAUAAAUUAAACUUGGUAAAAACGCUAUGUAUCUUACCUCCUUAACUUUUAACCUACAACAAUGUCCCACAAUAGCGUAGCUACCGUAGGAGCAACCAAGGCAGCUAUUGUUAACUUGAUAAGAUAGCUAACAGUAUUUUUCUUUACAUAAAAUGUAUACCAUUUAAAUAUUAAUAUUCUUACGUGGUUAAAAUUAUUCUCAUCACAUAGACAUUAUAUUGAUAAAUUACAUCUAAAAGAAUAAUUAUUUUAUACAUUUGUUGCGUUUCCACUUUUUCAGUAAACGGUAUUGUCUAAAUAAAACAAAAUUUGUAAUGUUAGUAGGUAUUUGUAUGUAAUUUAUUAUAUUUACAGGAGACAGUCGAUAAAAACAUUAAGAAGAUAUAUCUGAAUAAGAUAAAACCGCAAGGAAAAAACGCGUUUACGAGUCCCGAAGUAGGCGUAGAACGAGUUCGCAAUGAAUUUCACUCGUUUUUGGUAAGCCACCAGCCAUAAUAGGUACAUUUUCAUAGCCCCCCUUUUGCAUUACAGAGAAUGAUGAUACAGAAAAAACAGCAUACCCUUUUAUUUCUAACAAUAAAUUUUAACUAUUUAGUAACGAGUUAAUACUGUUUUCAAUAUUUAAGAUUAUCAAAACAAAUAUGUUUAACAUAACUUUGUUCGAAAUCGUUUGUAUUUAUUUAUUUAAAUUUAUAUAUUUAGGUAUUCUAUCUCUCCAACUUACCAUCUACAGGCCACUUAUGGUGCAGUGGUAGUUAUUUAAUUUAAUGUCAGGAAAAGAAGGCAGAAUUAGUUAAAUUUAUACUUACACCUACUAAUCUCUUAAUCUUUACGACUAUACUUAUAAAUUAAGGGUAUAGUAUUACGAGUUAUAAUAAUAUGAUACUAAAGUUACUAGUUUUACAAGUUAAGUUUUACUAGUAAAAUUUAUACCUACACCUACUAACCUCUUAAUCUUUACGACUACACUUAUAAAUUAAGGGUAUAGUAUUACGAGUUAUAAUAAUAUGAUACUGACAGUAUCCUAAAGUAGGAAUGGCGACGAAAACCUAUCAUUUGAAUUUAAACGUAAUAAAAGUCGUAAAAGUCAGAAUUUCCCGUACAAAUAAAUACUUGUACAAAUAAAAGCCCUUUAUUCACUUCAGAAAAUUACGAGGUGGGGUGCUGUCUUUUCUGUGACACUCUCAAUGAAAACAUUUACAACGAAUCUGAAUUUACUGCAUAAUCGUCCAAACUCAAAUCAACACAAAUAAAGGUCCAUACUGUUUGGUUCUGAAAUUCCGAGUAGGAAUACUAAGGAAAUACAACUCACGGUAAAAUAGGAAUAAGUAAGUAUAUUAAAGACAAUGAUACAUUUUUCAGGGUGAAAUCUCAUUGGCGUACAAUAUAAUUUCCAAGACGUGGCAAGAACACGAAAAAUGUAGUUUGUCCGAAAUCGAACUGUUUAAAAUACCGCUUCUUACAUUAUACGUCACAAAAAAAUCAGGAUAUAGGGAUGUAUUCAAACAAAAGUAUGUAUUUUAAUAUUAUUUACUAAACUAGAUAUGUAUUUAAUAUCACGAAGUAGUCUAGCCCCAAGAUAUGGAUGAUUACCGAACAGACAGAGAGAAGAUUUAGGUAUAAUAUUAAAUGAAGCAACAUGGAACUAACGGAGAAGGUUAACGAAGAUCUCUACGAUGUGGUGGAAUUAGUCUAACCAGUGACAAGGUACGUUAAAGAGACGAAGGAUACUAUAGUUAGGUCCCACAAUGAGACAAAGAAAAUCCAAAACAAUGAGUGCAGCAAUGAGCAGUUAGCGCAGCAAUGGAAUGGAAGCUUCGAGGAUAAUUCAACAAACGAUAAGUUGAUGUGAUGAACGAAAAUUUAGAAAGUGUGAGAGUUUAAAACUUGAGAGAUAAAAUUCAAGUGUAAUUAUGGUGGUAAAAACUCUUAAUGUAGGUAUUAUACCGAUAUAAAAAGAAGAAAGAGAUAUAAAUGUAUGUUUGUCAAAUUUCUUAUAUUGAUUAAGUAAAUACUUAUUGAAUUAGGAAUAAUGAUAUUUUCGAAAUGAGGAAACUAUUACUUAUUUUGUUCAAUGCAGAAAAUGUAAAUAUAACUAUAAUCAAGAUGGGUUUAAAGAAAAAAAACAACGUUCCUUUCAAAUCUAUAUAAUAGAUUUCAUGUUCUCAUUAUUAAUAAAAUAAUACAUAAUAAUUCUAAAAUAAUAUAUUGACAAUAAUAACAAUAUUAAUAAUUACAUCUCCAGGAUGAUACAACAACACGAAGUCGGAUUAAAACAUCGGAUAUUUAAGACUAUGGUGCCACAAAAACAGAAAUGCGAUUCGGCUUUAAUAAAUUUCCACAGCGUAUCCAUGAAAGAGGCGUAUCCGGUAUUGUUAUUUCUCGGCUACAGCAUAUUCAUCUCUUUGUUAAUAUUCCUAUUCGAACACAUUUUCAAAAUCGAGACGGCUUAA